AGAGGGAGGAACACAUCAUUGUCACCCAUGAAUCAGUACUGAAAAAGAGCCCUUGUUCGGUUUCUUGUUGCUUUUCUCUCUACUGAAACUCUUCAUUUUCCCUCUCUAUACUCUCUAACAGUUAGCAAGCUUACCCAGAUUCGUGGACUUGCUUCUUCAAUGGCUCAAAUUGCUCUUAUUGCUCCACCAACUUUCAUAGCUAUCACCACCGGUAGGGGAAAACAUGAACUCUCAUAUGCAAGAAAGAAGGUGAAUUUAGCAUCAGUUGUUCCGAGUAGGAAGAUGGAGAAGGCUUCAUUGUUUGUUUCUUCAAAUUCCGGUGGUGAAAGGAGUAGAAGUGUGGCGGUGAAAGUUUCAGAAGGAGGAGCCAUCUCUCUCCCUCAACCUUGGCCACCACAAAAGGGCUCUGAAGAUCAAAUCGAAGGCAUCAACAGAAUGAAGGGUUCCAACCGGUUCUUCACUGUAGCGCUGGUGGCGGCGUGGUACUCCUCCAACAUUGGGGUGCUUCUCUUGAAUAAGUAUUUGCUCAGCAACUAUGGGUUCAAGUACCCGAUCUUCCUCACCAUGUGCCACAUGACGGCGUGUUCCUUGCUCAGUUACGUGGCUAUCGCGUGGAUGAAGCUAGUGCCGUUGCAAACCAUUCGAUCCAGGGUUCAGUUCUUCAAGAUCUCUGCUCUCAGUCUAGUUUUCUGUGUCUCCGUUGUGUUUGGGAACAUUUCUCUGCGCUACCUCCCCGUAUCGUUUAACCAGGCUAUUGGCGCCACCACGCCCUUCUUCACUGCCGUUUUUGCUUACCUUAUGACCUUCAAGAGAGAGGCUUGGCUUACUUACCUCACCCUUGUUCCUGUUGUUACUGGAGUCAUCAUUGCCAGUGGGGGGGAACCUAGUUUCCAUCUGUUUGGAUUUAUUAUAUGUGUUGCGGCUACAGGCGCAAGGGCUCUGAAAUCAGUGCUACAAGGGAUUUUGCUUUCUUCUGAAGGAGAGAAGCUGAAUUCUAUGAACCUUUUGCUUUACAUGGCUCCAACGGCUGUGGUUUUCCUUCUUCCUGCAACACUUAUAAUGGAAGAGAAUGUGGUUGGCAUCACGUUGGCUCUUGCUAGAGAUGAUUCCAAGAUCAUUUGGUAUCUGCUGUUUAAUUCGGCACUUGCAUAUUUUGUCAACCUGACCAACUUUUUGGUCACGAAACAUACCAGUGCUCUGACCCUUCAGGUUCUAGGAAAUGCUAAAGGAGCUGUAGCAGUAGUAGUUUCAAUUCUAAUCUUCAGAAACCCAGUUUCGGUCACUGGAAUGAUGGGUUACUCACUCACAGUGUUUGGAGUUAUACUCUAUAGUGAAGCCAAAAAGCGAAGCAAGUGAUCUAAUACAUCAUCAUUCAUUUUCAGCAAGCAUUGAACGGACAACCUUUAGCUAUACUCCAC